ACUCAAGCCAUCAGGGUCAAGGAUAUCGUUCACCGGUGCUUCAGCAACUUUUAAUGGGAACCGACAAUUCACAUCGAGGAAAACAGUCAUUUUUUCGUAAUCCAUUUAAAAGGAAAACGGCCAAACGUUCAGCAAGUUUUAUACCCCAAUCAUCGCAAGGCACUAUGAGUAUGUUGCAUGCCACAAGGCAAGCUCAGAAAAUGGGACAUGCCCAAACAUGCAGCAAGUUUUCCAUUGAUACUUCCGCAAGGCUUUGUGU